AUGACUUACUUGAAUUCUUUUUUCUAUUCCUUCUUCUUCUUCUUCUUCUUCUUCUUCUUCUUAUUCUUCUCCUUCUUCUAUCACCUCCUUCUUUUACUUUUUCUUCUCUUCUUUUUCUUCUUUUUCUUCUUCUUUUUCUUCUUUUCUUCUUCUUUUUCUUCUUUUCUUCUUUCACCUCUUUCUUCUUCUUUUUCCAGUUCUUUUUCUUCUUUCUUUCUUUCUUUCUUUCUUUCUUUCUUUCUUUUUCUUCUUCUUCUUCUUCUUCUUCUUCUUCUCUCUUUUAGUUUUCCUUCUUUUUUUCUUUUUCUUCUUUCAUGUCCUUCUCGUUCUUUUUAUUUUUCUUCUUCUUUUAUCUUCUUUUUCUUCUUUUGUUUUUCUUUACUUCUUUUUCUUCUUUCAUCUUCUUUUUAUCUUUCUUCUUCUUUUAUCGCCUUCUUUUUCUUUUCUUCUUCUUUUUUUCUUCUUAAUAUUAUUAUCAUUACUGCUUCCUUUCUUCUUCUUUCUUCGGCUUUCUUUCUUUGUCUUUCUUGCUUCCUUUCUUAUUCUUUCUUUAUUUGUUUCUUCUUUCUUUCUUUCUUUCUUUCUUUCUUUCUUUCUUUCUUCUUACUUAGUUUCUUCUUUCUUUCUUUUUCUUUCUUUAUUUCUUGUUUACGUUCUUCUUUCUUUCUAACUUCUUUGUUCUUUCUUUUUCUUUCUCUAUUUCUUUCUUUCUUAUUCUUACUUUAUUUAUUCUUUCUUUCGCUUGUUUUCUUUCUUUAUUCUCUUUCUGUCUUAUUCUUUCUUUCUUCUUAUUUCUUUCUUUCUUUCUUCUUCUUAUUUCUGUCUUUUUUCUUUUUAUUUCUUUCUUAUUUCUUUCUUUCUUUCUUCUUUUCUUCUUCUCCUGUUUUUCUUUCUUUAUUUCUUUCUUCUUCUUUUGCCCCUUACAUUCCUCUUUUUACUCUGAUUUCCUUGAUUCUGCCAUCUCCCCGCUCCAUUUUCUCUCUCGAUUCUACGGUAUCCACUCACUCUUGUGUUAUGUUCCCCAUCUCCAUCUCUUCUUCUUCUUCUCCCCCAAGGCACUUUUCUUCCUUCUGCGCUCCGUUCGAAUCAAUACUGAUCGAUGCCGGGCCGCGGCGUUUUAAGUUGCUCGUUGCAUCUUGA